AUGAGUACUAGUAAGACGAAAGAAAGAAAGAGGGACAAGGUCUGGGGAUUCUUUCGGGAAUUGUCCAGGCCUUCUUCUCCAUCAUUGAAUGAUGCUCAGCCUGCCUCUUCGGGACCUGCCAAUGCAACUUCGCACUUGGUUGGAGCCUCAGCCUCUCUCUCUCUGCUUUCUCCCACUCCGUCGCCUUCUUCGACCCUCAGGCCAUCUACAGCUUCGGCGGACCGUCUAUCCGCCGCGACCGGAUCUGUUUCCACCGCACCGCUUCCUCCGGACCUUUCUUCAACCGGUCCCUCUUCAGUUUUAAUCGUGCCCCAAAGACCAGAAACACUUCAACUUCCUGCUGCGCUGGACUCGCCUCAGCCUCCUUCUGUGCCAGACACGCCUCAACAACCGCCAACCUCGGAUCUCUGGAGUCAAGCCUUUGCCAAAGCCAACGAGGAAACCCAAAAAUGGAUAACAAAACAUGGGCUCCAAGCUUCUGUCGCGCAGCCGAGAGACCAGAUCAAAGAGCUUAUCAGCCUCGUUGAAGGCAAUAAGCUAUCCGAACAAAGCGAGGAGCCUUUCAAACUUGAGAUUGGCAACCAGAAAAUUAUCGUCCGCGAAUACGUCGCCGAUGCUGUGGCCUUUAUAACAAUGGUGGGCGACGCUGCCAUCGCUUUUGCGCCGCCACAGGCCGGCGCACCGUGGGCUGUCGCAAAGGCAGUUAUGAAGAUCCCGGUUAAACACAUAGAGCAAAAAGCCGCCCUUCUCGGAACAGUCCAGUGGUUCACGCGCAUUGUACGCAGAGGGCAGAUCUACGAGGCCCUUUAUACCACCGAGACUACGGCCGAGGGGCCCACACUCAACUUACACGAUGCGCUUCUCGAGAUAUACAUCGCUGUAUUGGAAUUAUUAGCCAAGUCAGAUGCCCUAUUCGAGAGCGGAGUUGCCAGACAGACAUUAACGGCAAUCCUACGACCAGACAGUGCUACUGGUGCUGUGAAAAAUCUCUCUGAGAAGGAACAAAGGCUCGAUCGAGAGGUUCAAAGUUGUGAAGCCUCGCGAUCUUUCAUAUCAUCCAAGCAGACAAUGGAUGGAAUAGACAGCCUCAAGAAACAACUGGACCAGCUGUCUUUGCCGCUGCCCCGGAUCGACAAAGGGAUCGCCAGCCUUCUGUCCAAGGUUGAAAAGAGGGAGCUAGAGAAGCUGAUGGACUUUAUAAGCAGUGAGAUGUUUGGAAAAAGCCACGCCACUGUGAAUGAAGCGAGAUUGGACAGGACCGGGGAGUGGCUACUGGCCAGCAAAGAAUUCCUUGAUUGGCAAAAAAUUCCUUCUUCUUCUGCUGCUUUAUGCCUUAAAGGAACCGUCGGCACCGGAAAGACAUAUCUUACGUCCAAAGUCAUUGAUCACGUCAAAGAGACGCUCAAAGUUUCGCAGCAUGAUGAAGGAUUCGCGUUUUUCUACUGCAAUCGAUCCGGGUCAUCGAUGCAAGAUCCGAUGGUCAUUCUGAGAAGCUUUGUCCGGCAGCUCGCCGGCAAGGCAUUUGAUGAGACUGGCCGGAUUCAAAGCAGCCUGAUACAGAGAUGUGAGAUGGCAAAGAGAGAGGGAAGGGAAUUGGUUUAUAGGGACUGCAAAGAACUGAUCCUGGAAUCUUUCAAUUCAUAUUCAAAGACGACCAUUAUUCUCGACGCACUGGACGAGUCCGACAUCAGCGAGUAUAAUUUAGGCGCCGUUCUUAUCGAGUUGAUGGGAAAAUCGAAAAGGCCAGUCAAAUUAUUCAUCUCGAGCCGACCGGAUAGAGAAUAUCUGGAAGAAACUUUCGGUAAUAGCAGAAUAAUUACCGUGGAUGCUACCAGCCAACAAGAAGACAUUGAGAGGUACCUCACAGCGAAACUCUACUCAACCUCAUUCUUUCAGGGGCGAAAUCGGGAUAUCCAAGCCAAGAUCAGGGAGGUAUUUGCAACUAAAAGUCGCGGAAUGUUUCGAUGGGUUUACUUGCAGGUCAAAAGUCUUCAGAGAUGUGUCACAGACGAUGCCAUCCACUCCUGGAGCCAUAAACUACCUCGCAACCUAACAGAGGCAUAUGAUCAGCUGUGGGAAAGAAUACAAGAACAUGACGCAUCGGAUGUCAGCUUAGCUCAGCGAGCCAUUAUAUGGGUAUCGGUUUCCCUGGUGCCACUGAAAGCAGAUACUCUAUUGGAAGCUAUACGAUACGACGUCCAAGGAUCUGAUGUGAUACGAAAGGAGAAGCAGACGCAGCAACAGGUUCUAGAGCUUUGCCAGGAUAUGCUCACUAUCGAGGUGAGACGGGAGAAAAGGGUGUGGAUGCUGCCGCAUGCCUCUGUGGCUGAAUAUGUUGAGUCGAAAGGCUGGGUAAAGUGGAAGUGCCACUCAUUUGCCGCAAAAGUGUGCCUCGGCUUCCUUCUCGAAUUUUACCCGGGGAGGUCAGAAGAGGGGGGGAGUUCGGAGGAGCCAGAAGAGUCACAUAAAACCGGGUUCACAGAGUACGUUAAGAUACGCUGGGACGACCACUUGCAAGCUUACGAGAAAUGGCUGGAAGGGAUGCACGAAGAAGAGGCCGAUGCGGAUCUUCCAAGCCGGAUGGCUCUGUUCACGAUAUGUCGGAAUGGAUUAUACCACACUUUGCGGGACUGGUGGCUGGGAGGCAAAAUCACCCGGGAGAUGGCAUUGAUACAGACCAUAAGAGAGGAGAACGCGCUUGAGCUUGCGGUGAGAGGCUGCGUGGCAAUCUGCAGACAUUUGAUCGGCUUGAUAUUUGAUGCCGAGCAUCUGGAUACCGAACGAUACGCCAAAACACUACAAACUGCAGUCCAAUACGACAAACCCGAUGUUGUGAAUUUGCUCAUGACGGAGGUGAAUAUACCUUUGGAUCUCAAUUCCUCACUAAACGGAAGCGCAUCCCUGGCUCAACAUGCCGCCAUAGCCGCACCCAAAACAUUGAGAUGGUUCCUGGAUCAGGAUUGGAUACAACUGGAAUUGGAGAAUGACAGCGGCUCCGAAUAUGGCAACGUCUUGAUCGCUGCAGCAGCAUGGGGCAAUGCUGAAUCGGUCCGCAUGCUACUUGAGGCCGGCGCCAAUGUCAAUGCCGCCGUGCAAAACGGUCAUUACGGCAGUGCUCUUGUCGCAGCAGCAUACUGUGGUUGGAGUAAAUACAUGGCACCGACAGUCCAGCUGCUUCUUGAUAACGGCGCGGAUCCGAAUCUGGUACUGAAUGGCGGCAAGUACGGCAGCGCGCUUGAGGCUGCACCUGCAGCCCCCGGCGCUAACACUAAGGUGCUACAAAUGCUGCUUGCGGCAGGUGCAGAUCCUGCCGCCGUGUCAGGCCGAGGCGAGCAUGGAAGUGCAUUGGCCGCUGCGGCGUUUUGGGGACAAAAAUACUUACUCAUGAUGAUGAUCGACCAUGUUGGUAAAGAGAAUGCUAUUGAAGCCCUUUGCCAGAGCAGGUGCCCGCAAAAAGAAUGCCACGUACCUUGCUAG